GACGACGCUGCUAUCUUGUUUAUCGUUUUUGAGAGUCUCUGGACUCGGCUUUUAAUUGGCUUUAUAUUGUAUGGUUAUUGCUGUUAACGGUUGCUGUUUUUCGACCAAGAUAAAACUUAUGAAAGAAGAGUCAAAAUGGGCAGCGUAGUUUGUUCUGGUGUGAAGAAUUUGCGUAUGGUUGUACCUACAAUUGUUUUAUUUGGAGUGGCACCUCAUUAUUAUAUGGUUUGGAUGCUAUGGCGAUUGGUUUCUCUUGCCCUACCCACGUAUAUAUAUCAAAAAGGGGAUGAUUUUUGUUAUUCUUUAUAUCAGCGUCUCGUUUUAUUCUUCUUUGAAAACCUCACGGGUACAGAGGUGAUUCUUCAUGGUGAUGGGGACGAGGUAUUACGAAGAAAAGAAAGGGUGCUUUAUCUUGGCAACCAUCAAAGUACAAUGGACUGGAUUGUGGUUCAUAUGUUAGCAGAAAGGCAAGGAAGCCUAGGCCAUGUACGCUACAUCAUGAAAAACUCUUUGCAGGCUGUUCCUCUUUAUGGGUUUUACUUUUAUGAGCAUGGAUGUGUAUAUGUAAAAAGGGGCAAUUUCAACCAGUCCAAAAUGAUGAAUGACCUUAAAUAUUUGAAACACAAGAGAAUACCUACCUGGCUUGUGAUUUUCCCUGAAGGAACUCGGUUUAAUCCUUUCUUGCCACAGUUACUUGAGAGAAGCCACAAGAUUGCUGAAGACCAAGGAAUACAGCCUUUCAACCAUCUCUUGACCCCCAAGAUACGUGGUCUUCAUUUGGCUCUGGAACAACUAAGGAACAGUUUUGAUGCACUUUAUGAUGUGACAGUUGUCUACUCCAACACCAAAGAUAAGAAAAGUGGAAAGAGGAAGCCUGCACCAUCAAUGUUUGAAUUUGCUGUAGGUGUCUGUCCUCAGGUGCACAUCCAUGUGUCAAGAAUAGAUAUUAAAAAUGUUCCAACAACUGAAGAAGAGUUAAAACAAUGGUUGUUUACACUGUACCGAAAUAAAGAUAGAAUACUUAGCAGUUACUAUGAUAACAACGAACAACAGCCUUUAGUUGAUGUUUUUGCUCAUGGACAAAAGUCACCUACUACUUCAUUCUACACCAUUAGUUCAUUCCUGUUCUUCAUGGUACUAGCUGUUCCAUUCAUUGUGACCCCUUUUGGUCGUAGCCUGUACUGGAAACUAGUUACCUUUGGAUCACUUUCUGGAUACUUGUGGUUAGGUGUUAAGUCAUUAGCCUAAUAUACUAGGGAAAGUAGUAUGAAUGUAGUUUUUCUGGUUACUGUUGAAUGUAGUAUUUAGGUUCAUGACACUUCUAAAAAUUGAAAAACAUUUGAACUGUUUACAUCAUAAUGAAUUCCUGAAAAGUCAGAAUAUACAGUAGUUUUAGUGCAUGGACAAUAUAACUAAAGUUUUCACACAUUUUACAUUGCAAAGGAAAUUGGAAGCUAUUGAUAUAAGCCUAUAACCUUUUUUUUAAAUUUCAUAAAUCCUCUUAGAAAAUUUUGCUGCCUUUUCUUUUGAGCAAUACUUCCACUUUAUUCUGCUUUAUAUUCCAAUAUAACCCAACACUAAUUCUAACAAAACUAGAUAACCAGCUCUUUGAUUGUCUACUGUUAUGCUCUUCAAUUGUAAUUUGCAAGUUAACUUGUCCUAGAGGUAAAACACAAAUCUUUAAGCAUGUCAAUCACACUGAAUAAACAAUAUUAGAGUUGACAAAUGAUGUGUUUAAGGGUUUUUCUUUUUUGGUUUGUUUAGAAUUAACAAAAAGUGACUGGUACAUUUAUUGUAAGUUUAAUAAGUAAACUGAAUUAGAAAUAGAAAGAUAAGAAGAAACAAUAUCAAAACUAAUGUUAGAAAACCAGUUUGAAAUAUAAUAAAAAUAUGAAUGAAAUGUUUAUUUCUUUCUAUUCAGGUAGUGGUGGAACUGAGGUUUUGGUUUGUAUCACUUGUGAUGUCUGAUGUGCUAUUCUGUUGUGUAGUUAGUGGUAUUACUGAAGUUUUAGUUUGUAUCAUUUGUGAUGUUUGACACACUAUUGUGUUGUGUAGUCUGGUAUUAUUGAGGUUUUAGUUUCUAUCAUUUGUGAUUUCUGACAAGCUAUUCUAUUGUGUUGUCAGUGGUAUUAUUGAGGUUUUAGUUUCUAACAUUUGUGAUGUCUGAUGUACUGUUGUGUUGUUGCAGUCAGUGGUAUUACUGAGGAUUUAGUUUGUAUCAUUUUUAAUGGUUAACUGUUCUGUUGUGUAGUCAUUGGUGUUACUGGGGAUUUAGUUUGUAUCAUUUGUGGUGUUUAAGUAUUCUGUUGUGUAGUCAGUGGUAUUACUGAGGAUUUGUAUCAUUUGUGACAGGUCCAAAAGAUAGAAGAAAUAUAAGUGUCAGGAUGUGGGUAAACUGAUAAUCUUCAUAGUGCAAAAAACAUGAAACAUAGGGAGAUAUUGUUGACUUACAUAUGCCUUUCAUACCAGUAGUUCAUAUUUUAUUUUUUUAUGUGUUUCCUACUGAAUCAUAAGGUAACAGAACCAAACUUUAGUCCUUCAUAUUAUUUUCUCCUACUAACAUAAUAAAAACCCACUUUAGUUUGGUGUAUGAAGUAAUUAUUGUAUUACUCAUAUUGAAGCUAUUCUUAGUCAUAUUCUUUACAGCAAACAUUCAUAACAUUGUAAGGCAACUUGCUUACAGGGGCACGUACUGCAGCAUAUCUAGAUUCCUGUUGUAAGGUCAGUGCAAAAGCUAGUACCUUAACAACAGCUGAUUUACAAUUGCAUUAAGUUAUACUACUGCAGUAGCUUUAUUAAUUAAGCUGGUGUAUCUGGUGAUUUAGAACAAGAAUUGGUUUAUCACUGCUGUCGAUAUAGAUCAAGAGUUGGUUUAUCACUGCUGUCGAUAUAGAUCAAGAGUUGGUUUAUCACUGCUGUCGAUAUAGAUCAAGAGUUGGUUUUAACACUGCUGACGAUAUAGAUCAAGAGUUGGUUUGUUAUUGCUCUUGCUGUAGAGCAAGAACUAGUUUACCAUUACUGUGUAGAAUAAUAACUGGUUUAUUACUAUGGUUCGAUUUAAACAAGAACUGAUUCACCAUUGCUGUAAGUUUAGAACAAGAGUUUGUUUACUGCUUUAUUAUUCAGAACGUUAAACAAAACUGGUUUGUUACUUUAGUAGGUUUAAAACAAGAGCUAGCUUAGCUCUACUUAAGGCUUAAAACCAAAAUUGUUUACUACUGUAGCAGUUUUAUAAGAAACACUGGUAUAUAGCUGUUUUUGGCUGAAAGUUAGGAAAAGAUUUGGUUUACAACUGCAGUAAGUUUAGAAGAAUAAUUGUUUUUUUCUGCUAUAAGGUUAGAAGGAGCUGGUUUAACAUGCAGUUUAUAAGAAUAGCUGUUUUGUCUGUUAUAAGGUUAGAAGGAGCUGGUUUAACAUGCAGUUUAUAGGAAUAGCUGUUUUGUCUGCUAUAAGGUUAGAAGGAGCUGGUUUAACAUGCAGUUUAUAGGAAUAGCUGUUUUGUCUGCUAUAAGGUUAGAAGGAGCUGGUUUAACAUGCAGUUUAUAAGAAUAGCUGUUUUGCCUGCUAUAAUGUUAUAGAAGGAGCUGAUUUACCACAACAGUAAGUUUAUAAGAAUAGCUGUUUUAUCUGCUAUAAGGUUCAAAGGAGCUGGUUUACCACUGCAGUUUAUAAGAAUAGCUGUUUUGUCGGCUAUAAGGUUAGAAGGAGCUGGUUUAACACGCAGUUUAUAAGAAUAGCUGUUUUGUCUGCUAUAAUGUUAUAGAAGGAGCUGAUUUACCACUGCAGUAAGUUUAGGAAAAGUAAUGUUAGAACAAGAGCUGGUUUACCAUAGCAAGUUUAGUAUAGUACUUGUAAGUUUAGAGUAUAUCUUCUGCUAACAUACUCUUGGUUUAUUGCAAAUAUAAGAAAUAUAAAAAAACUAUUUUGAAGAAUCUGAGAAAUAGGGCACUUCUAAAUACAUAGCUAGUGUUAGUGCAUUUCCAAACAAAUGGUGGUCACAAAAGAUAUAUUUAAAAUGCUUUUACUUAACAUUAUUAAAACAUGAUCUAUUUUAUUAUUGGAGCCCACGAUUUUUGUAGGAAUGUUCUUUUUAAAAUUAGAAAAAACUAGAUAAGGAGUUAAGUAACUAUGCAUAUUGAAUUAUCAAAUAUUGUCUUUGCUCAAAUUAGUAUGUUAGGAUUAAAUACUAACAUGUGAACAAUAAAAGAAAAUUAUUAGUGAGAGAAAAUACCUAAAUAUGUUAGUCUUGUCACAUCUGCUUUAGAUUAGUUUAACUACAGGUAAAGACUAUAUUCAGCCAUGAGUUAGACCACUUCAGGUGAUGUAAUUACAGUGUGGAAAAUAAAAAUUUUGAUUUUAGAUUUGCUUUUAUUGAAAUUAUAUCCACAUUAAUUCACAAAUAAUGAAUAUGAUAAGGGUUAACUGCCUGAUUAUUGUAUUUAAAAGCUGAGGUGAAGAUUCUGUUUACAAUUUUUUUUUUUUCAUUAAAUUAACUACUUAUGAGAUUUCCUUAUUUACAGUUAUAGGUGGUAGAAAUAAAGAACACAACUACAUGUUCUUUCUUUGAUUGAACCUAUUCUUGACUUUAUUUAUUUAAAUCUAUAAAUAGUAAAAGUAUGGAAAACAUAGUUAAAUAUCUAAAAAUUCAUUUCCAUGUUUAUUUUAUGUAGAUGAAUACAUAUAAGUAAUAAAACAGAACAGCAUUAAGAUGUUUAUAACAACUUAUUUCCUGAGCACAAUUUUAUUUAAUUUCAUAAGUGUUAAAACUUUGUGAUGUUUGAUUAAUUUCAAUUUUAGUUAAUCUUAUGAUUAUUUGAUUCAAAUCUCUAAGCAGUAUAACCAAGGGAUAUAUCAAUUAUAAAUACAUUUUUCACCUAAUUUCAUUAUUAAAAUGUGUAAAGCUAUAAACAAUAGAACCAGAAGAUACUGUAGUUAUUACUAUUAUUUAGUUAACUUUAAGAUUAAUUUAUUUAAAAUCAUAUUAUGAGAAUGUCCUACGUUGAAGUUAACCUGAAAUCUCAAAAAAGGGAAGUUUUGAAGUUAAACUCAGCAUAAUUCUACUAAAUAAUACUAGACAUCUGAUUUAUUAUUUACUGUACUCAACCAAAGUGUCUUAAUUUAAAAAAGAUAUGUUGCAUUCUAAGAAGAAAUCACAUUUUUGAACCUUCAGACAAAAAUUACCUUGACAGAAUUCUUUCAAAUGUUCUGUAUUAACUACAUUGUUUUACCUGUUACUUCAUUUGAGAGCAACAUAGUACUGAGAUUUGUUGUAAAAGAUCAUUAAUAAGAAUUACACAACUUCAUUCAUACAAUGGUCAGAAGUAUGAAAUGAGUUAACUUUUUGAUAUUUCAUAGUUUGAUACAUAACACUAGGAAAAUAUAAAACAAGAAAACUAAUAACAAACAUUUUUGGAAGGUCUACCUUCUUAAAGUACUCAUGUUAAUGGGUUUAUUGUUUUGUGAACGUAGACUUACUAAUUUUCUUUUAAAUUACUUAUGUUAUUACAACCUGGUUUAGGAGUGACAUGAGUUUGAUUACCUCUUAUUUUCAACAAAUAUUCAUUUGUUUAGUUAAUGUUCACAUUUAGUAUAAAUCAAAUACAUUGUUAUGUAAAUGAUAAGCUGUAACUUCAUGAACUUUGAAUUAAAGUGCUUUGAAAAUGUGUUAUUCAUGUAGCAGCAUGAACUUAAAAUUUUAAGUCCACAUUAUCAUAUUUACUAUUUUAUGUAUAAUACAAGUUGUAUGUGUGAAAGGUUCAAUAUGUGAAAAAAGAAAAGCCUAGUAAUUUUGUAUUUUUACUGUUAAAACAUGCAUAAGUUUUUUAUCAAUAUGAAAUAUAUUUCUUAAUUUAGGGACUACAUGCUGGAUUUUCUUUUUAGAGAUUAGAUAAACACAGUAUUAUACUCCCCUACUUUCCUUAACAAAGUUAUUUUUUUCUGAACCUGCAAAAAUGGAUGAUUUAAUUUUAACUUUUUUAAAUAUAAGUAAAAAUUUAAAUAUUAUGUUUUAUUUCAAAAUUGAUAUUUUAGCUCAUAUCAAUAUUUGUAAUGCUGUGAAUUACCAUGAUAAAAUUUUCCUUAAUAUUGAAAAAUGCUCAGUUAGAGUUGUGCAGAUUUUUUUACAUGUAAAUAGAAUGCAGAAAAAGUUUUCAUUUCUGUUUGUAUUUGAAGAAAAUAAAGUUAACCAGCUACAACUAGAUAAAUUAGAUGCUACUAUAUAAAAGAACCUUUUAGCUACAUGUGAUAAAAUAAAGAAGUUUCCAAGCUAAUACUAAGAUAUUACUGCGGUUAUCAUUAAUAAAUUCAGCUACUGUAGUUAUUUGAAUUUCCAUCAAAAAGGAAACAAAACCAAAAAGUAUGUUUGAUUGUUUUUUGAUGUUUCACUGCUUAGAUAUAAUAUUUAUAUAUAAAUUGUGCCUAUUGAUAUUACGAAGUAAUCAGUUUACAGAAAUUUAUAAUUCCAAUAUUUGAAAAUCUUAAGCAACAUGUGUCAAAUUUUUAUUUAUGGAGUAGAAUUGAUUGUGUUUUAACAUGUAUAUGUUGUUGUUUCAUUAAGUUAUACUUUAUAUAUUGUUAAAGUGGUUUUCAGUUGUUUUUUUGUCAUAAGAGUUCUUUUUUAUAUUUAAUUUUAUUGAGUACCUACCACUAGAAACUUUGUAUUCCAUUUUAAUUUACCACCACCAAUGACAAAUCAUUCUGAAAUUGUAUAGUUACAUUUAUUUGACUAAGCAUUAAAACAUACAAAAGUUCAUUCAACAGAAAAAA